CCCGCGCCGCCGUGGCGGCUGCAGGCGGAGGCGGCCCGCGCGCACACUCGUCCCCAGACCCCGCCGUGCCUACCGCCGAGCUGCGGGUGCCCAGGGCUCCGGGGUCUGCAUUCCCCCCCCCCAAAUGGUCUUGGGCAUGCAGACCCGGAUUGCGCGGCGAGCCCCGGGCCGCUGCUGAUUUCCCCGGCCGGGCCUCGGGAUCCCCAGCACCCCCAAGUUCGCUGCCACCCUGCCUGUGUCCCCCACCCCGCCGCGGGCCGCAGGGGCUCAUGCAGUCGCCAAGGGCGAGGCUGGUGCAAACAGGCCGAGCUGGAUGGAUGGGCAUGGGGAGAGAGGCCGCGCGCCCAGCACUGGCAUUCGCUCCGCUCCUCGCCUUUCUGCUCUGCAGCUUCCCGCCAGCCGCCUCCCCGUGCAAAAUCCUCAAGUGCAACUCGGACUUCUGGAGUGCCAAGGCGGGCGGCCUGGCAGCGGCAGCCGACACCCCCGAGUUCUGCUCGGCCCUGCGCACCUACGCCCUGUGCACGCGAAGGAUGGCACGCACCUGCCGAGGGGACCUGGCCUACCACUCGGCCGUGCAUGGCAUCGAGGACCUCAUGGGCCAGCACAACUGCUCCCGAGACGGCCCCACAGCCCAGCCACGUCUCCGCACCCUGCCACCACCUCCCGGAGACAGCCAGGAGCGCUCCGACAGCCCCGAGAUGUGCCACUAUGAGAAGAGCCUGCCCCGGGGUGCUGCGCCCAACUACACUCACUGUGGCCUCUUCGGGGACCCCCACCUGCGCACCUUCGGCGACAGCUUCCAGACCUGCAAGGUGCGAGGCGCCUGGCCGCUCGUGGACAACGACUUCCUGAAGGUGCAGGUCACCAACACGCCCGUGCGGCCGGGCUCGGCCGCCACCGCCACCAGCAAGCUCACCAUCAUCUUCAAGAACUUCCAGGAAUGCAUCGACCAGAAGGUGUACCAGGCCGAGACAGACGAGCUGCCCGCCGCCUUCGCCGAUGGCUCCAGGAACGGUGGCGACCGGCACGGGGCCAGCAGCCUCCGAAUCACCGAGAAGGUGUCGGGCCAGCAUGUGGAGAUCCAAGCUCGGUACAUCGGUACCACCAUCGUGGUGCGCCAAGUGGGCCGCUACCUGACCUUCGCCAUGCGCAUGCCGGAGGAGGUGGUUUAUGCCGUGGAGGACCGUGAGGGUCCGGGGCUCUACCUGUGUCUCCGGGGGUGCCCGGCAAACCAGCAGAUUGACUUUCAGGCCUGGGGGCCGGACAGCAUGGGCAGCCCCGAACCCGAGGCCCCCGGUGCUACUUUCCCCUAUGAGACAGCGGUGGCCAAGUGCAGGGAGAAGCUGCCCGUGGAGGAUUUGUACUUCCAGGCCUGUGUCUUCGAUUUGCUCACCACGGGGGAUUUGAACUUCACCCUGGCCGCCUACUACGCCCUGCAGGACACCAAGGCUCUGCGAGCUGACCGGCAGCAGCUGCACCUCUACGAGCGGACUCGCCCCCCACCCAGCCAUGCUGCCGCUGCCCCCCAUUCGCCCCCAACCCUCAGAGCCCUGUUCUGGGGCCUCCUGCUCCUGUCUCUACUCCUGGAGGCCAUAUAAAGCAGAGCCCUGAGCCGCUGGCGGUGGGGGGGGGAUUUGGGCUGCCCUAGGGGCGCACUGGGAGAAGGCUGCGAGGGGGGAAGUGAGCGGUGGGAGGGGGUCCCUGCAGUGGGAGCCUCUCCCACCACCCGUGUCCUGUCUGGGGGACAACCCCCCUUAGCAAUGCACUGAACCCCUAGCUCAAUGUUUCGUGCACACACUCACACUAGGGACCCCCCCCCCUCUGUACCCUGCAGCCCGCAGGGCCUGCUGGGAGCCUCUGCAGCAAGUGGAGGAGCCCCCGUGGUCAGAAAGUCAAGAUACCCCCUGUCUGUCCCAGCUUGAGUAGAAGGGCUUCAUGGAGGUCGCCUGGCUGCUUGUGGGGCAUAGGUUUAGACUUAUGGAGCAUCCAAGGCUGGCUUCUUCCGGCCCCCCACCACACACACACUGUGCUUUGAGGCCACCUCAUGUACCCCCCUGUAUUUCUGGAACUGUCUCUGGAUAAGGCAGAGGCCCCCCCAAGAGGAGUCCAAGCUGCAGAGAAUGGGCAAGAGAGGCUGGAGUGCCCAGCAUGCACUCUGCCAAGAGCACCCCCAUCUCCAGGCUGCUACUGGGCCAGAGACCCUAUCCCUGGACCUGCGGCUUGCGGGGCCCCAUCUCUCCGCUCCCUCGCCUCUCUGCUGUCUCCCCCCACAUCUGGGACCUCUCAUACACUGGCCCAGGAGGCAGGGCCCAAGGUCCCCGCCUCCCCCUCCACGAGGUCCCCCAUGCUGCCCCCCACCCCCACCUAAACCCUUCCCCUGGUCCGUGGUCCAUGACGAAAGUCCCCCCCCCCCCCCGUGAUGCACUUUAUCUGGUCGUUUUGAGCGCGUCUGCCUGGAUGCGGGGAGCCCUUGCCACACCCCGUAUGAGUGUCCCCUGUACAUACUGUAAAUUAUUUAUUAACGGCUUACGUGCAAGUAAAAUUUGGGGUU